CUUUAAUCUUGUGACCUAUGUUAAGAUGUUUUGUGGCUAAAGGAUAAACUUGAAUUGGAAUAUAAUUUUGGGUUUAGACAUGUUUCGAAUGUCAUGGUAGAAAAAUAUUUACAUGAAUAUUGCAAGUAUUAAGGCUUUAGCCCAGCAUUUGCAAUUUUAUCUUUGUGACAUGUAGCAUACAUAAUUAAUUAUAUAUGUGUCAAUAUGGAAUCGAGCGAGAUAUGUGUUGAUUUCUAAAUAAUUUAACGACGCACAAGGUUUCUGAUGGGACACUGAUAAGUCAAAAAUGAUAUAAGCAGCAGGAGGCUGUGCAUUAUUUAAUAACACUUGGAUCAAUGUAGAGCGAAAAUAUAAUAGGCCUAUCGAUAAAAAAAAAAUAUAUACUUUCUGGGCGACAGAUUAACACAACAUGCAGUUUUGGGGUUAUUUCCAAUUGUAUUUUAAUAUUUUUGAAUAGGAGCCUGGGCAAGUAGCCUACACUCCGCUUUCUCAGACACAUCAGUAACAGUGUGAGUUUCAGUGAGCAUAUCCUGUUACAAAGAUGACAUCCCCCUGUGGUGCAAGUCCGCAAACCUCCAAGGAGAGAAAGGACUGAAGGGCACGGUGCUCCCAUCUUAGGCUGAAGCCACCAGGUGAUCUGACAAAACUCAUGACAUCUAAAAUAGAUAGUCCUCCGCCUUAUGAGGACGCUGUACACCAUCCCAAGCAUGUUAAUGAUCCCAGCCAAUCCCAACAUGGCUCCCCUCUUCCACCACCUCCAUCUUACAGCCCGAGUCCUGGCAUGUUCCCUGGCCCGCCUGGUUACUUUGGCCGGGAGGGCGUUUACCCGCAGGCCGGCAUGUGGGCAGCCCCUGGCUUCUCUCCAUCCGGGAUGCCCACCACAAUACCGACUCUGUCUGCUGGACUGCAUGCAUCCAACUCAGGAGACAUGGAGGAUUUUCUGAGUGCCCAGUGGGAGAGCACAUCUAUUCGGCAUGCCUUCAUCAGAAAGGUUUACUUAAUUUUAACAGCACAGCUUGCUGUCACCUUUUCAGUUGUUGCUGUCUUUACAUUUGUUGACCCAGUGAGGCUGUUUGUCAUCAGAUACCCUGGCAUCUACUGGGCAUCUUUUGUGGUGUAUUUUUUGGUUUACUGCAUUCUCAUUUGCUGCAAAGAGCCGAGGAGACGUUUCCCAUGGAAUCUUGUGCUGCUGGGAAUAUUUACUCUCGCUUUGUCUUACAUGUGUGGAACAAUUUCAAGUUAUUAUGAAACAAAAGCAGUGUUUCUUGCCAUGGGAAUAACAGCAUUAGUUUGUGUUGCUGUCACAAUCUUCUGCUUCCAAACCAAGGUGGACUUCACCUCCUGUGGGGGACUUCUUUGCAUUGCUGGUAUUUUGCUCAUGAUCAUUGGGAUUGUUACAGCCAUCGUCCUCUCCUUCCAAUAUGUCCCUUGGCUACAUAUGCUCUACGCUGCAAUUGGAGCUAUUGUUUACACUCUGUUUUUAGCAUACAACACCCAGCUUCUUAUUGGAAACCGGGAGUUGGCCAUCAGCCCAGAAGAGUACAUCUACGGAGCUCUCUCUCUCUACGUUGACAUUGUUCACAUCUUUCUCUUCAUCCUUCAAAUCAGUGGAGCUGUGACUGAAUAAGUCAGUGGUUAGAGCGCAUCUGGUCAUUCAAUCUUGUCAUUAAACAUAAUGCUACAUGUACACAAGUGUGUAAAUUAGGAUCACUAGAGACUAUCAAUGUAAAACUUCUUAACUAUCAAUUUAACUAUAUUGUAUAUAUUUUUACGUCAGUAACACUUGAGCACUUUGAUUUGUUCUUGCAAUGUAUGAAACUGAGAAGUGGAUUUAAGGUUUUCAUUUAACCAUGUAUGAAUGAGGAGAGACACUAAAGCUUUGUUUCUGUAAAGUUAUUUAAUGUUGCCUUUUUUGUUUUAGCAAAUGCAAAUGUGUGUAUUUAAACGGUGUAGGAGUCUGUGAACUAUUACCUAUCAUUACUGAAAUAAUUAGUAACACACAGUGUGAUCCUUACUAAGAAAAAAAAUCACCAAUGGAGACAAAACAACUGAUGGCUUGAGAAGUUUUUUUUAUUAUCAUUAUUCAGUGUAGGUCUAUUAAUUACUUACAAAACACCUGUAGUUACAGGCAUACAGCUGGAGACCACAAUCAUUAGUCCUAAGUCUGUGCUGGUAGUAGGAGGGACUCAGAUCUGUAUUAAAGUUUUUUCAACAUCUCCAUAGAAAAGAACCUCGACAAACACUGACUGAUUAAAACAUGGAUUAAGUGUGUGCAGAUUUCCAGCAACUUCCUUAAAUCACUGGCCAACUCCUCUUUCCCUUUAAUCUGUCAUUUGUUGCUAUGCACAUCAGUCAAUAAAGUACACCUUACUGUU